ACCACAUCCAUCUCCAUCCGCAGCCGCAAUCCAGCCGCUCCCAUGACCCUUCGCGCAGGAGCCUGGCAGAGUUGCUAUGACGACCCUGACAAUACAGCCGGAGCACCCAGCCUGAACCCAGCGCAGCCAGGAACAAUAUGCCUCUUGUAAAAAAAGCAAGAACUAGAGAGCCUCUCUGGCAUGAAUGGGACCGGAAAGCACAGAAACAUGGAUUAAGACACACAGUUUAUGAUGUAAAUGGCGAUAAUUACACCGGAGAAUGGCAGGACAACUUGAAACAUGGCAAAGGCAUCCAGAAAUGGAAAAGCACUGGAGCUAUUUACAGCGGUGACUGGAAGUUUGGGAAGCGCGAUGGUUAUGGCUCAUAUAGCAUUCCUGACCCUGUAACCAAGCAAUACAAGAGGGUGUACACAGGCUGGUGGGAAAACGACCAAAAAUGUGGCUAUGGGCUGAUGAUCUACCCCAAUGGGGAGCGCUAUGAGGGCGAGUGGAGCGCUGAGCUGCGGAGCGGCUGGGGACGGAUGAAUUACCUGAAUGGAUCCGUCUAUGAGGGGCAAUGGCUCUUGGACAAACCCCACGGGCAGGGAACACUGCAUCUGCCCAAUAAACAUCGGUACGAAGGAAGCUGGAAAAAUGGAAAAAAGCAUGGCCCAGGGAUGUAUUUCUACUUGGAUAAGGGGCAGCUGUUGGAAGGUAUCUGGAAAUCAGAUAUGCCAAAAUGUGGACUUGUGACUGACUUCAACAAAGAUGAAGCUCCUGCCCCUACUCAAUAUCCGAUCCCAAAGAUCGAACUGGCUGAUCCAGAUGGUGUUUUACAAGAAGCCCAGGCAAUGUUUGACAACAGCCAAAACGAAGAACCGGAUGCUGAAGAAAAAGAAGAUGCAUGAUAAGAACACAAUUAAGUGAGUUGCUCAAAGAAGCUUCAGAUCCACACUGUGAUGUAUUGUGUCUUUGUUUCCCCUACUUUUCCCUCAAGGCUGCUCAUGUAGAGUCAUAGAAUGGGUUAGGUUAGAAAGGACUUUAAGAUCAUCUGCUUCCAACCCCCCUGACAUGGGCUUAGCUCAGAAGCCUUCUCCCACUCCCCCUUAUUUUGGAAAGGAAAAGGUAACUAUUUUCCCAUGUCCUCUGUAAAGAAAUCACACUCCUGUUGGGACCAAGGUCUUUCACAUUAACCUCUAAGCAGCAGGGUCUCUGUUAUAUGUUAUAAAAGCUCUACAGAAGUACAGUCAAGUAAUUCUCCCCUCCUGCUCCCUCCAAACUUGUCCUGAUAUGACCCAAAAUGUUUUUUAAAGUUGUAACGGAUCAUGUUUUUAUUAAUAUAAUUUUAUUAAUACCA